AUGAAGCCUCCUCUCAAUGUGGACCUAAACUACACCACUCCUCAGAGCCUGCAGAGGCUUCCAUCUGGCUCCAUUAUCAAACCAAGUAUUGAUGAGAAAACCCCCUAUCUAGCUUUGGGAGCUGUGAAGAAUAUCUCCCUAAACAUCUCCAUCUCCAACCUUGGGGACGAUGCCUAUGAUGCCAAUGUAUCCUUCAACGUUUCCCGGGAGCUCUUCUUCAUCAACAUGUGGCAGAGGGAGGAGAUGGGCAUUUCCUGUGAGCUACUGGAAUCAGACUUCCUCAAAUGCAGCGUGGGAUUUCCUUUCAUGAGGUCAAAGUCAAAGUAUGAAUUCAGUGUGAUCUUUGAUACAAGCCACCUGUCUGGGAAGGAGGAAGUUCUCAGCUUCAUUGUUACUGCUCAGAGUGGCAAUGUGGAGCGCUCUGAAGCCCUGCAUGACAACACCAUCACACUGACGGUGCCACUGGUGCACGAAGUGGACACAUCCAUCACUGGAAUCGUGUCUCCAACCUCCUUCGUGUAUGGUGAAUCUGUGGACCCAUCCAACUUCAUUCAGCUAGAUGACCUGCAGUGUCAUUUUCAGACCCUCAAUGUCACCCUUCAGGUCUAUAACACUGGCCCAAGCAACCUUCCCAGGUCAUCUGUCAGCGUCUCUUUUCCUAAUCGGCUGUCACCUGGUGGUGCAGAGAUGUUUCAGGUUCAAGAGAUGGUGGUGGGCCAAGAGAAAGGAAACUGCUUUUUCCAGAAAAACCCAACCCCCUGCAUCAUCCCUCAAGAACAAGAAAAUAUCUUCCACACAAUAUUUGCUUUUUUCACAAAGUCAGGAAGAAAAGUCUUGGACUGUGAAAAGCCAGGAAUUUCUUGCCUAACAAUGCACUGUAACCUUAGCGCUCUCACUAAAGAAGAAAGCCAUACUAUCGACAUUUACAUGCUGCUGAACACAGAAAUACUGAAGAAGGACAGCUCAUCUGUCAUCCAGUUCAUGGCCAGAGCCAAAGUGAAGGUGGACUCUGCCCUAAGGGUGGUGGAAAUAGCUCAUGGGAACCCAGAAGAAAUGACGGUAGUCUUUGAAGCCUUGCACAACCUGGAGCCCCGUGGCUAUGUUGUGGGAUGGAUCAUUGCCAUAAGUUUGCUUGUGGGAAUCCUCAUCUUCCUGCUGCUGGCUGUGCUGCUCUGGAAGAUGGGUUUCUUCCGCCGAAGGUACAAAGAAAUCAUCGAAGCUGAAAAAAACCGGAAAGAGAAUGAAGAGAGUUGGGACUGGGUCCAGAAAAACCAGUGACCUACCACUCCAGUUAUGUUACCCAGUCACCAGCCCAUUG